AUGUUAUGCUUGGACAUGAAGCUUGUCUCUCGUUUGCGAGGAGUCUCGUUGACGAGUAACUCGUCCACAAACGUGUCACCGGUCUCCUCUUUGGCGACCUCGACCUCAUCGACGGGUGUCGGUAUAGAGAAAUGCAAACGAAGCAAAGGAAGAAGAAAGAGCACUGGUGGUGGAAACGGGAGCUCGGUAACGGAAAGCGAUAGCGAGGAAGAAACAUUGCCGGCUGCGCAUGAGAUGAUGCGCAGAAACAGGUCGAGAUCGGUUUGUGUGUCUGCCUUGUCUUCCGCACAAUCGAGAUUCCUUCAUCGGCGGGCCAGUCAUCAUGUGUCUACCACGGACGCUAUUUCCAGGCGAGGUGUUCUCUCCAGACGAUAUUACGGCAGCGUCGAAAUGCUGCCGCAAAUCGAGCAAGACGGGUCUGACAAUGGGAGAAGAUUUCGAGUAGAGAAUGGCGAUUCCCUUGGCGAGAAGGAGGAAAUGUUCGGAUCACCGAGUACGCCAAUAUUGGAAAAUCCUGAAUAUCAGACUCGUUGGUACUUCAAGUACUUUCUCGGAAAACUGCAUCAAAAUUACGUUGCUGCGGAUCAAGAGAGGAAUCCUCUGUUUCUCUCAGUUGUGACAAGUGAAGUCAGUGAUCAAAGCGUACCACAUUACAGAGUGAUUUUAUGGCGGAAAACCGGCGCGCAGAAGAUAUCGCUGCCGUAUUCUGCAAACAAAACAAUGACAAUCAGACAGAUCCUGAGUAAUUUCUUUGGACUGGAGAAGCUCGACAAGGCACCACGUGAAAUAUUUUCUCCAGAAAUUCAAAAGGAUCUGCUCUUAUUGGAAGAACAAGAAGGCUCUGUCAACUUCAAAUUCGGCGUGAUAUAUGCGAAAAAAGGGCAAACAACCGAUGAUGAGAUGUUGUCUAAUGAAAAGGGUAGUCCAGGCUUCGACAAAUUUCUCGAGAUUCUGGGCGAGAGAAUACGACUAAAGAAUUGGGACAAAUAUCGUGGUGGUUUAGACAUAAAAGGUGAUAUGACCGGAAAAGAAAGUUAUUAUACGGUAUAUGCAGGACACGAAGUCAUGUAUCACGUGAGUACAAUGCUUCCUUAUUCAAAGGACAAUCCACAACAGCUGGAAAGAAAGCGACAUAUCGGUAACGAUAUUGUUAACAUCGUUUACACGGACGAUCUUGACGCCAUAGACAGUUUCAACCCGAAUUGCAUUAGAAGUCAAUUUACUCAUGUAUUUGCGGUGGUGUCUGCCGAAGAAAAUGACAAAGGAUGGCGAGUGGCAAUUUACUGCGACGAAAAUGUUCCUCUAUUCGGGCCAAGCCUUCCUUGUCCACCCGUCUUUGAGGAUCCAUAUACUCUGCGAGAAUUUCUUCUCGUGAAAUUAAUAAAUGGCGAAAAGGCUACGUUCAACACGCCAACAUUUGCCCAAAAAAGAGAAAGAACAUUAGAUGCCCUUCUUCGAGAUAUGUAUCAAGAACAUUCGCAGGAAAGUAAGAGCAACAAAGGAAAAUCGAUCGAAUUUUCACAGAGUAUGUUAAACCGACGAGCAUUGUCGGAUGUCGUGGAGGCUCCAGGUCGACGUCGCGAGGAGACACGUGCUGUGGAGAUGGUGCGCGUUGGCCAAGCUCUGAAGUUGGAAGCAAUCGUGAGAGGUUUGGCGCCAACUUCUUUGGCCACGGCUGGCCCGUUGAAGCCAAGACCCUGGGAACCGAGGUGCAUCUAUCCUGACUUCCCCCACGAGGUUGUCUGCGGAGAUGUUUGGCUGGAUAACAAAUUGAUCCUUGCUAGCGAGAAUGGAACUUUUUUAAUCGAAGAUAGCUUGUCUCAUAGACUAAUCUUUGACGAAUCCGUGCAAAUAAAACAACUGGAUGUAAUCGAGCAACAUGGAAUAUUAUUGUUCCGUGCCGGCGACAAAGGCAAAGAAAGCAACAUCUACGUUUUCCGUCUAAAAGAAUUCGAGAACAAUACGGCGAAUAGAUCGGCCGAGGUGUUGAACGAUCGUGAGGAUGACCAAGAAUACGAAAACAAUGGCGACGAGAAUGACGCGGACGAUGAUGCUGAUGAAAGCGAAGAGAAUGAUUACGACAAUUUCACGCGGGCUACCGCGAAAUAACCGGUAAUUCGUCGAACUCAUGCUCGUGUACGCCCUUUGGCUGUUCGAGGACGAGCCCAUAUAAAAGAAAGGAGAUUACCUAGAGCUCGGGGCUGUCAUUUAUAUGCCAUUACAAUGCCUGGUGGUUCUCAUUUGCGCAUGUGUGCGGUAGUAGGACGACGUUUAACAGUUCUUCAGUGGAAACAUAACGCUGCAUGGACCGCGUGGUGUUCUGCCGCAGACACAGACACUGUCGAGGGUUUUUUGCAUUUAAAAGACUUCAACGCUAGUGAAACCCCAUCGUUAGUAACGAUAAUUGAAAAUACAGAUUCGAGCAAUGAAUGGACACUUUGCUGCGGUAUUCGACAUCAUUUUGAGCUAAUCUCAGCCUCUGGAAGCACAAGGAUUCUUCAUAUUGAAGGAAUGCCGAAACCGCAUCUAGUAGCAGCAUUGGAUCUUUGUGAAGAUGAGGAACCUGAAUUACUACUUUGUUACAACAAUACGUGUCAUUUUCAAAAGCUCCUGGAAGAAAAUACCGCACCAACGGAAUUCGAUUUUAAUUGGAAUUCCGUACCGGCAGCAAUAGCUUGUGCCUUUCCCUACGUGAUCGCCUUUACCAAUGAUACCAUGGAAAUACGAUUGAUAAUCAAUGGAAAUUUGGUACAUACAAUCGCUAUGCCAAAUUUAAAUCUAAUCACCUCGAAGCAAGAUAUCUUCUUCGCUACAACAGCGCCGGAGUUUUUGCCAGGAAAAUGCGAAAGAAUCCGACUGGAUUCAAAGCCCCCAGACAAGGAGGAAUCGGUUUCCAGUCCUCCUCCUUUCGCACAAUCUUCGUCGUCUCGAUCUAAUCUACAAAAUAAUCAGAGCGACUGGAAACCAAUAAGAAUCUAUCAAAUACCAUUGCAAACAUUAUCGAGAAGUACUUUAUCGACUUGCUCGCAACGACGAUGUCCCAGUCCAGGAGAAUCGGAAAUCAUCUCUUCUGCACCACCAACCACUGAUAAAAGUUUUCUCAGUGUUGAACCUCACAGAGCAUUGAGCAGAUCAUGUAGCAGCAGUCCAACACCAACGCCGACAACUUUAAUUCCUCCACGGUUCAGAAAAUAGAUUAAAUCGCGAUCGAGAAGUUUCUUUUAGUGAUGUUUUAAAAGAUCGCAGCUGUACCUGACGCUCGUGCCUCGGUAGGAUUGACAAUGGAUAAUGCACAAUUCUAUGCAUUUAAAAAAAUGUAGCUAGAACUUACUGCCGUUGCAAAGAGCAAUCGAGACAAGUUUGCUAUAA